AUGUCAGGCGCAACCACACCGCGCCUCGAUGCGCCACCAAAACAGAUGUCCAGCCGACUACUGACCAUGAAGUUCAUGCAAAGAUCAGCCACGGGCACACCCACGACCCCCUCCUCAGAACCAACAUCCAAGCGACGCAAAACAACACAUACUACUACAACCCCAGACUCCUCCGUCCCAACCACACCCAUUUCCGAACCUCGCCUCUACGCUGACAAAUCUGAUGUGCGCGCCGCUAUAAAAGCAAACUCUGCGUAUGAGGCGCUAUUGGCGGCGAGGAGAUCGGAGCUUGGGUUUGCGAAUAAUACGGUUGAGACGGAGUGGGUGUUGGAUGUGGAUUGGCCUGUUGAACGGCAGGAUGAAGACGGAGAUGAGGAAGAUGAUGAUGCUACGACUUCAGGGUCAGACGACGAGGGGGUUGAGGGCAACGGGAGGCAGACGUAUGGUGCAUUCAAGCGCAAGAAGAAGGGUGGUGUGACUACCACGAUUGAGACGAGUACACCUGCGCGCGAAACGGAUGGUCUUGAUUUCGACUUUCUGGAUUCCGAGGAAGAAGGGGAAGCAUUUUCAGAUGAGGACGACGACGACGAAGAUGAGACCAGUCGAACACGCUCGGGCAAGAAGCGGAAAUCUACGACGGGGCUCGAUCUUGACGACGAUGUGGCCAUGUCAGCGCUCGAUAAAGUUGAUCUGUCUAAGUCCAGCUACGCGAAGUCGAAGAAGGCUGGCUUGCCGUUCACAGGCGCGAAACCUAACCACAAGCCUGCAUUCGAUCGAGGUCGGCAUCACAACGAUCGUAGGGGUAACAAACACCCGAAGAAGGACAAGGGCAGAGGCAAGCAAUAUGGGAAGAAAGUGAAGUGA